AUGUCCGAACCGAAUAACAAUGUUGAAAGUAUUUUAACUGCAAUACUCAAAAACGACAGUAAAUAUGUGGUCGAACCACAGAGUAGAGUAGAAGAAUUACUCUUAGCGAUAUACAAAAAUGGUGGCGGUGGAGCAUCAUCAGCUGAUAAGUCUGCUAUAGAUGAGAUAAAAGACGAAUUUUACGCAGUCGUAGAGAAUUUAGAAAAACUUGAGACAGCUAAGAAUGAUAUAGCUAAAGCUAUCACAAGCAAGGGCGUUGAAGUUGCUGAAGGUGAUGGGUUGGAAAAGUUUCCUGAAUUAAUCAGAGCAAUUAGCGAUGGAUAUCCACUGCUUCCUUCUGAUUUAACAUAUAAUGGAAUUGCUAAAAUUGUUAGAAGUGGUAAGGCUGAAGAUGUCUUUAAGAUAGGCGAUCAAAUUGUUACUACAUACACAGAUACAGAUGGAAAUCAGUACGAUAUGCCUUUUGAUGUUGUUGCUUUUAGAGAGGUUGAAUUAGAAAACGGUUCAAAAGUACCGGGGAUGAUAAUACAGAGCCACUACGCUACUGUUGAAGAAAUACAGUUUGACGCACCUGAACCUUCGUCAUCUGAUUCAAUUGUUAAAUCAUAUGGUUGGAACAGAUGGAUGUAUUCUGGUAUCAGACAGUGGUUAAACUCAAGUGCUGAUAAAGGUUUAUGGUGGACAUCAACUCAUACUGGUGAUGUUGCACCAUCACAGUUAAGUUCUGUAAAUGGUUUCAUGAAAGGAUUUAGUUCCGACUUCAUCAGUAUGCUGAAAAAGACAAAGCAUGAAACUGCAUUAAAUCAUGUUUAUCCAUCAGGUUCAAAAACUACAUAUAUUUAUGAUACAACAUAUGAUGUGUUCUUCCUUCCAUCUGCAAAAGAAGAACAUUUUAAAUGGAGUGAAUAUCCUAACAGAUGGGAUGGUUCUGAUAGAGAAGGCUCUACAUGGGAAUACUGGAUUCAGAGAAAGGGCGAAACCCCACAGGAUUAUGGUCCAGACUUUGCUAACACUAACACUAUUAGGUACUCAUUAGCAGAUAAAAGCACAGCCAAACAUAUUUGGUUGCGUUCAGCUAAUCGUGACUACUCGAGCUACGAGACCUAUGUUCAUACGACAGGUUACUACACCUGCUACUAUAGUAACAGUAGAAUUGGUUGCGCACCAGCUUGUGUAAUCUCUCCGUCUGAAGCAGCAGAGUUAGAAUACCUUCGUGCAAAAGUUGCUCAGAUGGAUGACACUGUAGCUGAACAGGAUGAACUGUUAGCUAUAUUACUUCUCAACGAGGAGGAAUCAGAAUGA